AUGGCGUUUGAGCAGAUACCAAAAAAGGAUUGGUACAGCAUUCUGGAAGCAGACCCAUCUGCAAGUGUGUCAGACCUAAAACAAAAGUAUCAAAAACUCAUUUUAAUGUAUCAUCCAGAUAAACAGAGUGCAGAUGCGCCAGCAGGAUCAGUGGAGGAAUGUAUACAGAAGUUCAUUGAAAUUGAUCAGGCAUGGAAAAUUCUUGGGAAUGAAGAGACAAAAAAAGAGUAUGACCUGCAGCGACAUGAAGAUGAUCUAAGAAAUAUGGGACCAGUAGAUGCUCGAAUAUAUCUUGAAGAAAUGUCUUGGAAUGAAGAUGAUCAUUCCUUUUCUCUGAGCUGUCGAUGUGGUGGAAAGUACAGUGUUUCAAAGGAUGAAGCAGAAGAAGUUACGCUGAUUUCUUGUGAUACAUGUUCACUAGUUAUCGAACUCCUUCAUUAUCGCUGA